UUCCAGAAUAUGUUAUUCUCGGUUGCUAACCGAUAUAUGGAACCGCCAAAGAGACCAUCUCAAGUUAAGUGGCAUUUUCCUUGCUUUAGGACCAGAGCCUCAUGUGUUAGAAAGUGCGUUGUUUUCAUCAUCUGCUUUGCGACUCACUCCCUCUUUUCCCCCAUUUGCUUUUUCGUCUCCGCUUUUGUCUGCCCCUCCCUGCCCUUUCUUCAAUAUGGAUACUUCUCACUGGCCACAGGGCAUAGGACUAGUGAAAGCUGUGGAACCCUCAAAACCAGUGCCAACAGAACGAAAGCCAAGGCCACAAAAGGAACAAGCAAUAAAUUGUCCAAGAUGCAAUUCAACAAACACAAAAUUCUGUUACUAUAACAAUUAUAGCCUUUCUCAGCCAAGGUAUUUUUGCAAAACUUGUAGAAGGUAUUGGACUGAAGGUGGUUCUUUAAGAAAUGUUCCUGUUGGUGGCGGUUCAAGAAAAAACAAAAGAUCUAGUUCCUCUUCUAAUAAUUCUUCAUCCUCCACGUCAUCAUCAUACAAAAAAAUUCCAGAUCUCACAAUUCCAACUUCUUCUCAAAACCCUAAAAUAAUAAAUGAACCGCAUGAUCUCAAUUUAGCUUUUAACCCAUCCGCUACUAGCAAUUUCAGUAACAUUUCUGAGUUUAUGGCCUUACCUUUAAUGAACCCUAAUUCCACAACUUCAUUUAUGUCCUCUAUUAUGCCACAGCUUUCGGAUUCUAAUAAUAUUAUGUACUCAUCAUCAUCAACUGGGCUACCUAAUUUGCAUGAUUUGAAGCCUACACUUAAUUUUUCUUUGGAUGGGUUUGAUAAUAAUAAUGGGUAUGGAAGUUUACAAGGAGAAACUGCUGGAGCAAAACUGUUUUUUCCUUUGGAUGAUUUGAAGAAUGUUUCAACGCCAAAUGAUGAUCAUGAGUUUGAUGAACAAAAUAGAGGGCAAGCUGCUGAAUCUCAUGGAUUUUGGAAUGGAAUGUUGGGCGGAGGAUCAUCUUGGUAAUUAAAUUAAUUAAAGCAGCUGCAGAGAAAAAGGAAAGAAAUAGAAGGUGGUGUUUUUCUGUUUGUUUUUAAGUUAAUUUUUAUAGGCUGAGUGACAUGUUUAGUUGCUUUCCAGUAUAAUUAAAACUUCUACUACUGCUACUACUACUAACAGAAUGGCUAUAUUGUGUUAUUUCUUUUUGACCCUCCUUUUGUUUGAGCUAUGAAACUUCUCUUUCGUUUGCAUUGCUUUGAA